AUGAAAGAUAUUUUGGGUCUUAAACAUGACCCACUUCUUGUCAAGUUUCGUGAGGCUAGGACAUAUGAGAAAAAGAAAAAGAAAGCAAUGUCUAAGAAGAACAAAGAUCUUGUUGAACGCGUGUCAACACACAAGCCUUCUUACACACUUGAUAGGCCUAUCCUUGAGAGGUAUCCAACAUUCAUUGAUGCAUUAAGAGAUUUGGAUGAUGGACUCACCAUGGUGCAUCUUUUUGCUGCAUUACCUGCUAUAGAAAGGGAAAACAUUCAAGUAGAAAGAAUCCAUAGUUGUAGAGGGUUGAGUCUUGAGUGGCAAGCAUAUGUCUCUCGCACACAUAAAUUGCGAAAGGCUUUCAUAUCUGUGAAAGGCAUAUAUUACCAGGCAGAGGUUGAAGGGCAAAAAAUCACAUGGUUGACGCCUCAUGCACUACAACAAGUAAUGCCUCAAGAUGUAGAUUACAAGAUCAUGCUUACAUUCUUGGAAUUAUACGAGAAUCUCUUAGGUUUUGUUAAUUUCAAACUCUACAAUUCGAUUAAUUUGAAAUACCCACCUAUCCUUGAUCCUCGACUGAAAGCUUCAGCUUCAGAUUUAUAUGCUUUUACAAGGUAUGUUGAAAAUGUUGCUGAUGAGAAUGAAGAUGAUGAAGAAACAAGAGCAUGUAAAACCCUUUUCAAAGACAUGACAUUCUUCUUGAGUCGUGAGAUGGAGCUCCAUUUGAGGAAUCUAACCAGAGCAUUAAUUAUCAUUAAUUAUCAGAUUGUUGAUAGGCCAAGUCAAAGUCACCGGUUUAUUUCCAGAGAUUAUAUACAGCCACAAUGGGUCUUUGAUUGCAUAAAUGCACGAAUUAUACUACCAACCGAAGACUAUAUUGUUGGGAAGGUUCUUCCACCACAUUUGUCUCCAUUUGUUGAUAAUGAAGCAGAAGGACAUGAACCCGAGUAUGCAGAGACCAUUAAAAGGCAUCAAGCUGCUGCUAGAAAAGAGAUCCUCCCAAUGCCAGGUGGCGAACAAGAUGAUCUUGAUAAUGCCCAAAAUCUACUUGCUGAAGGCAUCAUCGAUCGCACUAAAGCCAAAGAAGCUGCUGAAAGAAAAAGAAAGAUGGCGAUGCUUCAAGAGGAGUAUCAUCAUGAACUAAAAAAGGAACUGGAAGGGACAACACAACACACACCCGCUACAGCUGAAGAGGGCAAGAAGAAGAAAAAGAACGUUGAUGAUGAAGAAACGGAAGAUGAUGAUCAAAAUCUGCAGCAGUUUGCUGAUGAUAAUGACAACAUGUCAAAGGUUACCAUGUCACGUAAAAAGAGGAGACUUUAUGAAGCCAUGAAGAUUUCGCAAGAAAGGAAAAAGGCAAGUGUGGAUACUCUCAAGACAAGGAAGAAAAAUAUUCAAAACUCCAAGAAAACAUCAUCUCACUGAAGCUGAUUUAGAGAUUCAAGGUCCUUAAUUCCCUGCGUUUUUAUAAUCAAAGCAAUGAAUUAAAUUUUGUAGGUAUUGGCUUUUUUUACAUGUUUUUAUAACGGUGGAUUUUUUUUUUUCUCAAAAUUUGGUUUGUUUCUGGAUCUGAUGAUAUUCUUACUAAAUCACAUAUGGUAUGACUUUGAAUUUGUUCUCUGUGAGUAUUAAUUUGUGUGUAUGUUUUUC